AUGGCAUUAACUUAUAAUAAUAAAAAUGUUGUAUCCACUGUCGAGUGUUAUGAUGCUUGGUCCAAUACAUAUGAUUCUGAUGGAAAUGUUCUCCAAUUACUUGAUGAUAUUGUAUUCGAAGAAAUAGCUCAACCUCGUCUUAAUUCUAUUCAUAACUCUAAUAUGAGACAAAUCUGUUGUGAAUUAGGAUGUGGGACAGGACGUAAUACAGUGAAAUUAUUAAAUGCUGGAUGGUUUGUUGUAAGUAUAGAAAUAAAUAUAGGAUAUAAUGAUUUCCUCCCAUUCAUAUUGAUUAUCUAUUGACAAUCAGUGAAUAUAUUUAGACGACGGAAUUUAAUCACUCUUUUUCAUAGGUGGACCUAAAUGAUCUUUCUUUGUUUCUUUUAUAAGAUAUAAAAGUAACUCAAAACUUUAGGAAAAAUAAAAUCAUACUAACCUAAUAAUGAUAACCUGUUAUUGCAAAUGCGACUGUCUCAUCUUCAACUGUAAUACUAUAAGCCGUCAUCUGUCGUACUUAAUUAUGAUUAUCACUAGCCAGAGGUGUUACCAAGUUUCAUGUCUACUGUGAAUUGCAUGUAUUCGAAUAUGCAAACGUUAACGACGGUAUAGUCUACCUAAUAAAGGUGUUUUAAACGUUUAAAAUAUUAAAAAAAGAUCACGCCUUUUAAAUAUCAUCAUCGACUGCGAACUUAAAAGAACUUUGUUUUUUGGCUAAAUAGAUCUAAGCCAUCACUUUAUACUUCAAUUUUUAUACUUCAAAUUCAUUGUUUUAGGACGAGCAGUUCUUGAAAAUUAUUCGAUCAUCCUGUUUUCUUUUUGAACGCGUAUUUUUUCCAUACAGUUUUAUAAUCAUUUUGUGUAAUAUUAAUCUUAGUUUUCUAGCCAAUUUCAUUUAGGGGAAUAAAUUAAUAUAAUAUCGCAAUUACGCACUGUCUGUCCGUAGAAGAUACUUCGUUUAUGGUUCAGAUAUUUUCAUAUAUUGCUCUAUAUUAUUCUUUCUAAUAUUAAAACAAAUAGUAUUUUUUUGUGUUCCAAACUAGCUAACUCUAUUUAAAAUGAACCUGAUAAUCUCAACCAAAUUGUAUAGUUGGAACUCGAUGAUCAUCCGAAAGAUAAGGUAUGAUAUAAGUUUUUCGGUGUUUACCAUUCGGUGACUAAUUUUUCCUAGAUAUGUAAUAGACGACUAGAUCGAAAUUUUUCAUACUCAAACCAGUAGUGUCAAACUUGAAACUUGAACUCAGUUGAAAAUAGAAAAUUUCAACUUUCAACUUUCAACUUAUGGCGAUAUAUGUGUGAGUCACUAUUCUUCAGAAUGCUAUUGGUUUAAAAGUCGAAAAUUGAAAAUUUUAAUUUUCAAUUGAGUUCAAGUUUCAAGUUGGACAUAUAUGACUCAAACCGAAUGUUCAGCACUAUCCCAAUAGGCUCUACUAUUGAUUAAUAUUUGAUUGUUUCUGACAUAGAAAAUAUACAAACAAGAAAAGUUCUCACGUGCUAAAUCAAUAGAGAAACAAGAAUUUCAAAUGGGUUAAUAAAAUUAUUCAGAAUAAAUAUUUAAUAUUCAAGGCACGCAUAGAUGUUAAUGAAUUGAUCUUAGCUAUAAUACUAAUAGAUGUUUUGUAUUCUAUACUUAACAAGUAGCUUCUAGCGAUAUGAAAUUGGUUUUGUCGUUUUCUUUUUCAGCAAAGGAUGCAUUUUUAAAGUCUUUGACAGAUCAGAAAUAACUUGCAUGUUUUUAUAUAACAUGUCGAAACAAGCAAAUUAUAUAAAAAUUUACUUGUUCGAUUCAAACACAUCGAUACAUUGUUGCUAAUAUUUAUUUGUCAGUAUUAGUUACUGUAAUACCUAUUGCCAAUGAAAUUUUUCAUAUAGAAUGGAAGAAAUCCAAUAGUUAUCUUUCUCACUCUCAAGAUAAUAAGAGAAAAGGAAGACCUAGUAUUUUAUUAGUUUGUAUCUAAGUACUUUGAUAUACGUACGUAAAAUCAGAUUGGUAAUCGUUCAAUUGAAUAAAGAGCACAAUCGUCAUAUUUUGCCCUAUUAGAAUAAUUAUUUUUAGUUGACAAAAAUGUUCCUAGUUUCUAUUCAUAAGAGACACAUAAACAAAAGCUUAUGAUCUACUCCUAUUAGCUUCGAUGAAGCACUACAACUUCUUACGAGUUAGGGAAAAAAAUUAUUUAUCAGUUGAAACUAAUGAGUGUGGUGCGAAGCACAGCAUUCUUGUAGUCCAUUGCGUGUUUUCUUUUGCUUUCUCGGCGUACGCAUCUUUUUCAUCAUUUUGUGACCCGAUGAUCUCGAGUGCCGAAAAUCAUAGAAAACUCAUUGAAACGAGAGAUGAAAGUAUCGAGAUCGAACUUCUGACAUAUAUUUUUUCUAUUCUUUAAUCUGAUAUUCUGUUCACUCACAAAUGUGGUUCCAAAAUGACGAAAAUGAAAGAAAUUUUUGUUGCGAGAUAAUUAAAGUGACGUCAUGAACAUAUGUUAGUUACUCUAUAGUCUAUUCAUUUACAGUUGAUCUAAGAUAGUGAAGCAUGGAGAUAAUUAAUCGAUCAAUCGAAAUCGACCCUUAAGAAUGUAUCGCUUGGUAAGAAAACAGUUUUCUCAGUGAUGAAUUUCAAAAUGGUCGAUUUAAGAAUAGUGAAUGCGAAAUUUUUAUUCAGAAUUCGUAUACGGAAAUUUAAAAAAAUAUCAACGAUUCUAGUGAAUCUUAAAGUGUAUCAUUUAUGUUUUAAAUCUUAUUCUCGCUACUUUCGAACAUUCGGCUCGUGUGCUUCGCACCGCAUUUCGUAGUCGAGUGAAACUCGAAUACUAUCUAGUUUUAAAGUUAUUUCUCUGAUUUAUGAGCGACAUUGACAAUAUAUUGGUUAACCACAAGCAUGUAUACUAAGCAACGCGAAUACUAGCAUGCGUGUUACUACGAACGCCGUUCUCUUUUUCUCUAACCAUAUUCAUCAAUCGCUUUGCUACUGCAUUCGAACAGAACAAUAAGCAAAGAUACUUGAGAGAAAACAGAUCAUUCCUAGCCAUGUAGAAACAAAACUAGGAGCCGAAAAAGCAACUAUUUAUAAAUAAGGUAUAUUGGCGACAGUGAAUGAAGUAAUCGUAAGUGAAUUUGUCUAAGUUCUUUUGAAUCGUCAUACGACACUUAUAACGUAUAAUAUUACAGAGUGAAUUAAUAAUAAUGCUCGAUUCUUAAUACUUUUUCAUAUUUCUCAAGUACUGGAAACUAUAUUUUUGAUUGAUUUUUAUCAACUAUGUUAUAAUUUUUUAACGGUUAAAAUUAUUUUUCACUUUAACACAAAUUAACUUAUGAAGGGAACAGAUAUUAAAACAAAAGUUCACCUAUGUUUAUUUCGGUUACUUUCAGUGACUUUCUUGACUAGUCAAUAAUAAGGUUUUGACUCUUUUAUUUUGGUACAUCUGUACUAAAAAAAAAAGCAGUUAGCAUAGAGUUAACUUUUAUAUAGAUUUUACUAAAAAUUAUUAAAAUACUUUGUGAAAAUUCAGUUCCAGUUUGUUUUAAACUCUUACAUGUUGAAUAGCUGUCUGCUGGUAUCCUUUACAUAGGUGAGUAUCUCAGGACUUUACUAGACCGCAAAGUAUUCUAGUUGAAUCAAGAAUAGUAGUCUGUCAUAUAACAAAAAAGAACUUUUUUUUGUUACAAUCAAUAAAAAUACAUGUAUCACAAAUAUUUGUAAUGUUCUCAUUGAAUUCUUUCUCUUUUUGUUUAUGGCUGAAAUUUUCAGCACAUACUAAAUAGUAUGACAAGUAUGGAGUUAUAUACAAACGAGUAUAAUCGGUCAUAGAGAUAAGAAUGACAUAAAAAAAUCAUUUGCUUGAAUAAUAUAAAGAAUACAUUCAGCAAUUUAAGCGA